GGCAGGCGGUGUCGGCUGCGGCGGCGGCGGCGGCGGCAGAGCGAGCGCAGAGCGGCACCACCAUGGGGGCCCAGCUGAGCACGUUGGGCCACGUGGUCCUGUCCCCAGUCUGGUUCCUGUAUAGCCUGCUUAUGAAGCUGUUCCAGCGUUCCACCCCAGCCAUCACCCUCGAGAACCCAGACAUCAAGUACCCGCUGAGGCUCAUUGACAAGGAGGUCAUCAACCAUGACACCCGGCGGUUCCGCUUUGCCCUGCCGUCGCCCCAGCACAUCCUGGGCCUCCCUGUGGGCCAGCACAUCUACCUCUCGGCUCGGAUUGACGGGAACCUGGUCAUUCGGCCCUACACGCCCGUCUCCAGUGAUGACGACAAGGGCUUUGUGGACCUGGUCAUCAAGGUGUACUUCAAAGACACCCACCCCAAGUUUCCCGCCGGAGGGAAGAUGUCCCAGUACCUGGAGAGCAUGAAGAUUGGAGACACCAUCGAGUUCCGGGGCCCCAACGGGCUGCUGGUCUACCAGGGCAAAGGAAAGUUUGCCAUCCGCCCGGACAAGAAAUCCAGUCCCGUCGUCAAGACGGUGAAGUCUGUGGGCAUGAUCGCGGGAGGAACCGGCAUCACCCCAAUGCUGCAGGUGAUCCGAGCCAUCAUGAAGGACCCGGAUGACCACACCGUGUGCCACCUGCUCUUUGCCAACCAGACCGAGAAGGACAUCCUGCUGCGGCCCGAGCUUGAGGAACUGAGGAACGAACAUUCUGCGCGCUUCAAGCUCUGGUACACGGUGGACAGAGCCCCGGAAGCCUGGGACUACAGCCAGGGCUUCGUGAACGAGGAGAUGAUCCGGGACCACCUUCCGCCCCCGGAGGAGGAGCCGCUGGUGCUGAUGUGCGGGCCUCCGCCCAUGAUCCAGUACGCCUGCCUGCCCAACCUGGAGCGCGUGGGCCACCCCAAGGAGCGCUGCUUCGCCUUCUGAUGGCCGGGCCCUGGCCGCUCGCGCGCGCCCCGCACCCCCGGGCCCUGGCCGCACCCACCCCGCGCCGUGAUCAUUAACCUCACGCUCGCCCGCACCUCCUGCUGCGGCCGGGUUCAGCCUGGCCUGCCCGUGCCUGGGAGGUCGCCCCGCUGGGCUGGCCCCCGGGGGGCCCCGUGGGGAGCAGGGCUCUGGUACCGGUGGGCCACCGCCGGCCACCGUCAGGGCAGAUUCCUGCCCGGGCCUCACUGGUUCUUCCCCAGGGGGACGCCCAGGCCCCUGCCCUGUCUCUCUACCCCUCCCCCGCCCCCGCCCCCACCCCCCACCAGCCAGGGGUGAGGCUGCUGCUCCCCACCCUUCCCAGAGCAUCCCAUGUUCUGGAAAUAAACCCAGAUGUAUCUGCGGCCCAGAGCUGCAGGUGCCAGACCCCAGCCACUGCCCUGGGACCCUCGCCUCCUGCCCCUGUGGCCUCAGCACCCGACACUACAUGUGAUGAGUAGCACCCCGGAGUCCCCUUGGCAGGGACUGCCUGGGGACAGAGGCUGCCCUACCCCGGGGCCCAGCAGGCCCCUCCAGCCAGGGGUUGGGUGUUCCCCGGGGCUGGCUGAGGGCCCUGCCAGCUGGCACAGGAGCCCUCCCGAAGCCACGGCGUUUCCCCAACACGCAAACAUCCGGUAGCUCGGGGAGUUCCGAGCAGUCGACCCCCCGGGGUCCUGGGCCGCCAGCCCCAAUGGCAGAGCUAAGACGAUGUGUGUUUAUUCCUCGGUCCCAGACCCCUCCUGCUGCCCUUGGCCCAGCGGGGGCAGGUGCCCAGCAGAGCCUCUUGGCUGAGGGACAGUCUCAGUGGCCUAGAUGUUGCCUUUAGACAACAGCGUGUCAGCCUCUCGCGUAUCGGCUUUUUUCAGAGUCAUUUAUGAGCAGACGAAACAUUGAAGUAAAACUUUGCUAAUUUGAA